AGCACAUCUGCCGGGCGUUAUGAGGUCCCUGCUUCGCGGUCCGGCGAUGAACGAUGAGGAAGAGAACUCGGACAGUACCCCGCUCCUGCCGAGCGCCCGGCAGGCCGAAGCGGCUCCAGUAUGCUGCUCUGCUCGUUACAACCUAUCGAUUUUGGCUUUCUUUGGUUUUUUCGUUCUUUAUUCAUUGCGUGUGAACCUGAGUGUUGCGUUGGUGGACAUGGUAGAUUCAAAUACUACUCUGACCGAUAACAGAACUUCCAAGGAGUGUGCAGAACACUCUGCCCCCAUAAAAGUACACCACAAUCACACGGGUAAAAAGUACCAGUGGGAUGCUGAAACUCAAGGAUGGAUUCUUGGCUCCUUUUUUUACGGCUACAUCAUCACACAGAUUCCUGGGGGUUACAUUGCCAGCAGAAUCGGAGGCAAGCUGCUGCUGGGCAUUGGUGUCCUGGGCACUGCUGUCCUCACCCUGUUCACACCCAUGGCUACAGACUUAGGAGUGGUUGCCCUUAUCGUGCUGAGAGCACUGGAAGGACUAGGAGAGGGUGUUACGUUUCCAGCUAUGCAUGCCAUGUGGUCUUCCUGGGCCCCACCUCUUGAAAGAAGCAAGCUGCUUACCAUUUCCUACGCAGGAGCACAGCUUGGGACAGUAAUCUCACUUCCUCUCUCUGGAAUAAUUUGCUACUAUAUGAAUUGGACUUACGUCUUCUAUCUUUUUGGUGUAAUUGGAAUAGUUUGGUUUAUUUUAUGGAUGUGGAUAGUCAGUGACACACCAGAAACUCAUAAGACAAUAUCCCAUUAUGAAAAAGAAUACAUUGUAUCAUCAUUAAAAAACCAGCUUUCUUCCCAGAAAGUGGUGCCAUGGUUGUCCAUCUUGAAGUCACUGCCACUUUGGGCAAUUGUCGUAGCGCAUUUUUCCUACAACUGGACCUUUUACACUUUACUGACGUUAUUGCCUACUUACAUGAAAGAAAUCCUGAGAUUCAAUGUUCAAGAGAAUGGGAUUUUAUCUGCAUUGCCUUAUUUUGGCUGCUGGCUCUGCAUGAUUCUCUGUGGACAAGCUGCUGAUUAUCUAAGGGUCAAGUGGAAUUUUUCAACUAUAAGUGUUCGGAGAAUUUUUAGCCUUGUAGGAAUGGUUGGCCCUGCAGUUUUCCUUGUCGCUGCUGGAUUUAUAGGCUGUGACUAUUCCUUGGCUGUUGUAUUCCUAACCAUAUCCACGACACUAGGCGGCUUUGCCUCUUCUGGAUUUAGCAUCAACCAUCUGGAUAUAGCUCCUUCGUAUGCCGGCAUCCUCCUGGGCAUCACAAACACAUUUGCCACUAUUCCCGGAAUGACUGGGCCCAUCAUUGCUAAAAGCCUGACCCCUGAUAACACUAUCAGAGAAUGGCAGACUGUGUUCUGUAUUGCUGCUGCUAUUAAUGUGUUUGGUGCCAUUUUUUUCAUCCUGUUUGCCAAAGGGGAGGUGCAGAAUUGGGCUCUCAGCGACCACCAUGGACACAGAAACUGAAAAUGACGACAAAUAAUAAUUAAUGUAUUUUUAUUUAUCGUGUAAACUGAAAGUGCCUUUGGUAUUUUAAUGUGUAAGCAUUCUCUGUGACAAAAAUAGUACUCAUAUUACAUUUUUAAGGUAAUCAUGAAAUGUUACUAGUUGCAAGACUGUUUAAAAUGAGCUGUUUUUAAUUAUUAAUAAUGUAUCUGCCAGAAUUUAUACUGGGUUCACAUACCCAGCUGCAAAUCAGGCAGCAUGAUAUAACGGAGGGCUUAAGACAUUGGUUCUAGGCUGGGCAGUGGUGGCACACACCUUUGGGAGGCAAAGACAGGUGAAUCUGUGAGUUCGAGGCCAGCCUGGAGAACAGAGCAAGUUCCAGGACAGCCAGAGCUGCACAGAGAAACCCUGUCUGGAAAAAAAGAAACAAACAAAAAAAGAUAGUGGUUCUCAACCUGUGGCUCAUGACCCCUUUAGGGGUCAAAUGACCCUUUCAUAGGGGUCACCUUAGGCUAUAAGAAACCACAAAUAUUUACAUUACAAUUCAUAACAGUAGCAAAAUUACAGUUAUGAAGUAGCAAUGUAUCAGUUUUAUGGUUGAGGGUCACCACAACAUGAGGAACUGUAUUAAAGAACCACUGGCUUAAGAAAUCAAGCUGAAAUGGACCCUCCCCCGUUAGUACUUGUCUAAAUAGAUUAGAUAAAUCAUCUCAUAUCUUGUUAAAUACCUGUUUUUGUCUAGUUCCCUCAUAAAAACUGUUGCCAACUCUCCCUAACACAUGAAUCUCAGACACAUCUCCAUAAAGCCACCAGCCCCUGUAAGACUUUGCCUGGCAGCUGGACUAUAGGAUCUGUGCCCAGACAGCUGCCAAGAAUUCCUUCCUUGGCUUUGGGGCUGGAGUGCUCAGCAGUUAUCAGAGAUGGCUUCCAAGUGCAGGGCCAAUGCCAAGUGUUGGCUGACACUCUUUCCCUGUGGCUGUUAAUAUGUAGAUAAAGCCCUAAGUGGACCAGAGAAGUAGGAUCCACGGCUGCUGUCUUGACACUGCCAGCCUGCCCUUGGCAGCGCCCAGGCCUAAUUACUGGCAGGUGAGCUACAAAGCAAAAGUGUGAUGACCAGUCAAUUGGAGAUAACAUCUUCCUUGAUUAAAAUGACUUGCACAUGAAUCAGUAUAAAUGUUUACAUUCAGUUUUUCUAGCUACAUUAGAAUUUGUUUGUUUUUUGUUUUUCCAGACAGGGUUUGUCUGUAACUUUGAAGGCUGUCCUAGAAGUAGCUCUUAUAGACCAGGCUGGCCUCAAACUCACAGAUAUCUGCCUGCCUCUGCCUCCCGAGUGCUGGGAUUAAAGGCCUGUGCCACCAACACCCAGUUUUGGAAUUUUUUUUUUUUUUACUGUUUUAAGUUUUUCUUCAGUCUCUCUUGAUUUUUGCUUCUAGUUACAAUUUAAAGUGACUUUGAGAACUAGCAAUUUGGCUCAGUGGUAGAGCGAUUACCUGGGACCAUGUUCCAUCCAAGGGCAAAACAGAGCUAAAGGGCACAGCACCUGGAACAGUAGAAUCACCUUCACCAUGCUUCCCAAAGCUAGCUUCCAGAAGUUGCAGCUAGCCAGUUUCUGGUGGUUGUGGGACAUACUGUAAGAGUUACCUAAGGACUGAAAGUCUGCCUGACGUUCUGUUAUGUGUGUUCCAGCACUUAACCUGUAACAGUUUAACAUGUGGUUGGCAUAACACAGUGUAAAUGCA